GUAUUCCACCGAUCGGGGACAAAUGGAUAUAACCUCGGCUCUCUAACUGAAAGAUCACCAGUUCAAAUUUCGCGGAGGUCCAAUCCAGAUUAGAAAUGAUAAAACAGUGGGCAACGAAACCGGUAUAGCUAAGAGCUGCGGCUUAAAGGGAUAAAAAAAGUUUGUAUCUGUAUAGCGGGAUUUUAUAUUUUCCUGUAUCAGAAACACUAGAAUAAUCUUGUUUCAUUCCACGUGUUUUGACAAAUCAGCCACCACUGCCACUUUUCUCCACGGUCGUUGACUGUUAGUGGGAGAGGGAUUAUUGUGUUGUAGGCUAGCUAGAUAGUUUUAACGAUGGUUUGGCAGUGUUUUGAGGUUAUAAAGGAAGCUAAGCUUUGAAAGCUGGAAAUAGAUAGCCUACUUGGCACAACUGAAUAGUGACUGAAAAUUGUGUAAUGGUGAAGUGUGUUGUGUUAUGUGAAUUGUAAUUUUUAUUGACUAUUUUAAACUUAAUAAAAGAUAACCAUGGCUUCUAACAAGAAACACAAAAGCUGGAGUGUAACCGACAGUUUUUUACGGUUUAAAAGUAAAAUAAAUCGCUAUUUCUCAUGGAAAUAUGCUUGGUCGUUAUUGGUCGAUCCAAGACAGUUUUCAAUUGUAGCUUUUGUACUAUUUCUUGCAGAAAUAAUCGUUAAUACUUUGGUAAUAAAGCAUGUAAAUUAUACUGAAAUUGACUGGAUCGCGUACAUGCAAGAAGUAGAAGGUGUAGUGAAUGGGACCUUUGACUACUCUAAACUUAAAGGGGAUACUGGACCCUUGGUGUAUCCUGGAGGUUUUUUGUAUGUUUUUGGAGCUUUAUAUUUCAUUACUGGCCACGGUUCUAAUAUCAGGCUUGCUCAAUACAUCUUUGCAGGUUUUUAUUUAAUACUGUUGGUUUCAGUGUUUGUGAUAUACAACAAAACUAAGAAAGUACCGCCUUAUGCCAUUAUCAUUGCAUGCUGCACCUCAUACAGAAUACAUUCAAUUUUUGUCCUCCGAAUGUUUAAUGACUGUGUAGCAGUUUUAUUAGUAUACUUAGCCUUAAAUUUAUUUUUGGAGAACUAUUGGAGUCUGGGAAGUAUUGUCUACAGCAUUGCUGUGUCUGUGAAAAUGAACAUUUUACUGUAUGCACCAGCUUUACUUGUCGCAUAUUAUUAUUCUUUAGGAGUAAAAGGAACAAUAAUUCAACUUUUGAUUUGUGGCUUUAUUCAAAUAUUAUUGGGACUGCCUUUCCUUAUCGCUAAUCCAAUAGCAUAUAUUAAAGGCUCUUUUGAUUUAGGCAGAAUUUUUCUUCAUCAAUGGACAGUAAACUGGAGAUUUCUCCCUGAGUCUAUUUUUGUCAGCAGAUACUUCCAUAUUUCUUUAUUAGUUUUGCAUUUGCUCAUAAUAUUAAUAUUUUUAAGUUCGUGGAAGACUUAUCUAAAGAGUUUUGCGACACUUAAACAAAUUGAAAAAGAUGUGAGACCACAACUUAAAAAGAAAAAAGAACAUGUAAAUAUGAGUUCAAGUUCACAAUUAUUCAUUUUGCCAAUGAUUACAUGUAAUUUUAUAGGUGUAGCCUGCAGUCGCUCAUUGCAUUACCAGUUUUAUGUAUGGUAUUUUCAUACUUUACCUUAUUUGUUGUGGUCUACACCAUACUCAGAUACAUGGAGAUUAAUAAUUAUGGGUGUAAUAGAACUAUGUUGGAACACUUAUCCGUCAUCAGUUCUAAGUAGUGCUGCUCUUCAUAUUUCUCACAUAGCAAUUAUGUAUGGUUUGUACAAAUCUAAGUAUAAAAAACAAUAAUAGAGCCAGAAUGUUUCAAUCUAUGUAAUAGAUUGGCACUUCAGACUUUUGAUUUAUUUUUCUAUAGUGGUAGCCUAUUGAAUAAUAUUUAAUCUAAGAAACAAAAAUUGAUCACAAUACAAAUAUGUAUGGCCUAUACUGGUUAUCCAGAUUUACUCUUAUUGUUAACCUUUCGGAUGCUAAGUGUCUUGUAACUAAAAGAGAUAGAGCCUAAUUGCUACAAUUUGCAAAAUUAGUAGUUCUGAGCAAUAAAUCGCUACUUCCAAUUCUUUCAUAUUUUAGUAUGAUAAGAAUCAGGCAGUUCUUACAAAGUAAGAAAAAUUGUAAUUACUUAUUGGAAAGCCAUGGUUGCUGAAUGAUGAGAAGGAUAAGAAUCCAUUUGUUACCACUGGCAUAUAUGCGACAGUCAAAUCAGCCCUGUAUGUCAUCUACAAUAUGGCGACUCUGAUACAUAUUAUUGAUGAAUAAUAGUGUCAAUUUAUCUUUACCUUAUUUCAUUAAUCAAUGUAAUAACCAUUGAUAAAUUGGAGUACUAAAAAUGGUUAAGGCUUGAAUUUAGGUUGACUGCAAUCUUGAGGGUUGUUUUACUUUUAUCAAAGCACGCACUAAUGACCAGAGAAAUUUGUUAUUGGUACUUUCUCAUUUAAUCAUUCAUCAUGGUAAAGUACUGAUCACAAAUUCUGGCCAUCAGUGUGGGCUUCGGCUUACAUAUCAAGUUCAGAUCAAAUAUUUCAACUCCUCUUCAGUAGAAGGAGAUUAGAAGCGGCAUGGUGUAUGGACAUUGAAUCUUCGUAUUGCUUAGCAAGGUCAACAAUGGCUUUCCGACACGUAAUGUUUGUGUUUUAUUUUUUACUUUCUGCCUGAUUGUCAUACUAAAAUAUGAAAGAAAUUGAAGUUGAUUCAGUAAGUUGUCCCAGAAUUACCCCAAAUAUUUGAUACUUAUAGUAAUAUUUUAAAAAUAUUCUAGGUAAAGUAUUAGUUUUCCAUAAGAAACACGUUAUAAAUACAAAUACAGUUAUGAUAUUUCAUCUAAUAUUUAAUUUCAGAGAACUAGCAGAAAUAACAAAAAUUGUAAAUUUGAUGUAUGAUUAAGUUCUCCCUCAAGCUCAGAAAAACAAAGCCUAAUUAGAAAAAGUAUAAAUGUUCAUUUAAUUUUUUCAACAUUCAUAUACAUUUUAAGAUAGUUACAAAAUGUUAAGCCAUUGCAGAUCCAUCUGAUAUUGUGUAACUGUAACCAGCAGGUACAAAUUAUUUUCCAUGUCACUAAGUUGUUUUUGUAUUUAUAACGUGUUUCUAUUUGUAACAUAAAAGUUUAAACACAGCUAAUGUUUACAUUAGUUAAUUCCUCUUUUUAUCUGCCUUUGAUGCGCUAGGAACUACUUCCACCUCAAUUAAAAAAAAAAUCUCUUGACAUCAAUUUCAAAAAGAAAGUCCUUUAUAUCACUAGGUGGAUAAACAGGAAUAAAAAGUCACAAGCUUUUGAACGGUAUGGUGUUCUAAUGCGUUUUGAUCGGUAAUAGCACUGGUAAAGUGAAUCCAAGCAGCAAAUGUUAUUGACAUAGUUUGCGUCUAUUGCACUUAGUAGACACAAAUUGCGUCUAAUUUUUUACAUAUGAAUCAGUAAAUUAAUAGAUUUUAUACCUUGGUUAAUUAUUUUAAAUGUCUAUCCAUAGUAUAUUAAGUGGCCUCCUUGUUUAUUUAGCGUUUCUUGUUCGUUUCUCAAUAGAGUGUUAAUAAUUUAUCAUGGCCUUUUUCUCUUGUCCUAAAUCGAAGUCAAAAGGGUCAGCACAUAAUAAGAUUACAAAUUUUUAGUUUUGUUUAGGUCAAAAGUAAAUUCAGUAUGCGAUGUAUAUUUUAAGGUAAAAGAGAUUAAUAAUUGAUUUAGGACAAGUAUUUAAAAAACAACUAUUUUUAUGUACAGUAGAACCCCUCAUAUCCGGCCUCGGUUUUACCGCACCUUGGAUUAUCCGGCCACUUCCCGGAAGCAAUAUCGAAAUUUACGGCUUACAGACGCGCAGUUGCAUGCACUAGUCUCCCACGACUCGUGCGUUAU